UAUUAUUAUCUUUUUCAUAUGUAUUUAUUCGUUUUUGGAUUUUCUAUUUUCGUUUUGUGCAGUACAUUCUUAAAUAUUAUUCAUCUAAAGUUUUAUUGCGCGCGUAUGGUUCUUUAAUUUCAUUGGUUCAUAUUAUUAUCCAAUAAAUUUGAUUCUCUAUUAGUAUAAGUAACCGUUCAACCAAAGUCCAAUUGGGCAGUAUUUCAUUUUAACGACGUCGGACAAUCCAGUGUAUAUCAGCUGCAUCUUGUGGUCAAUGCUUUAAAACGUUUAAUAAAUCUGUUAAACAAAACGGCUGUCUUUUGGAAUUCCUUACUGCUCGGUUACACAUGGCGCUGCGAGAAACCAUCUUCAAGCAUUGACCACCGUAGGAAUUUAUUUUCCAAAUAUGCAGCUAAGUAUCAGAAAGAACUUUCUAUUGUGACAGUGAGUAAAUAUCACGCUGAAUGAUUUCCUGUGUUAAAGUCCUUAUACUUUCCGCGGAGUGAAUUGUGUUCGUGAGUACUGUUAUUACCAUUAUUUUGUCACCAUGAAGAAAGCGGAAUUGCAACAUCGUGUUCAUGAAUUAGAAAUCGAACUAUUAGAAGCAAAACACAGAUCACAAUCCAAACAAGUAAUUGAAAAACAAACUUUUAUACCUGAAACAAGAAAAUUAAAGACUUUUUGUGGCCGCCCUAUGUCAAAAUCCGAUGUUUCUAUUGAUGAUUGGAUAGAUGAAAUUGAAAUUGUAUUCUCAGCACGAAAAUAUACAGAUUUGCAGAAAGUGGACCUUAUCUAUUCACACUUAGAAGGCCAAGCUAAAGAAGAAGUUAAAUUCCGCCCAGAUAUUCGGCAGGAUCCGUACGCCAUAUUGGACUGUCUCCGUUCGGCAUUUGGCAAUCCGGAAUCAGUUACCUCGUUACAACAGAAAUUCUUUGAAAGAAAUCAACAUGAUUCAGAAACAAUUAGACAUUAUUCGUACGCAUUACUAGAGUUAUACCAAAACGUAGUCAGAAAGGACAGUAGUGUUUUUCCAAACAAACACCUUACUUUGUGUGAAAAAUUCGCUAAUGGCUUAAGUGAUUCGUCUUUAAGAAAAGAAGCAAAGAAACUACUCAGAAUAAAACCUACAGAAUUUCACACCUUUCGAGAUGAAAUCAUCGUAUUCAGCGAAGAAGAGGAAACCGCAGACAAUACAAUCGCCACUUCAACUAAACCGAACACGACCAACGAUCAACAGAAUUUAAAUACCCAGACGACCGACUCACCUACAACUGACCAGUUAUUGAAAAUCAUUGAAGCAACAAAAGCAAAUUGACUCUCUAACCGGCUUGAUCAGAGACUGCGGGACCAGCCAGCAAACGAGGGAAAAUCGCAACUAUUCUCGUUCCCCACCUUUGUGUUAUCAGUGCGGUAGAGUUGGCCUUAUUCAGAGAAAUUGCCGUUCUACUAAACCCCGUGAAACAACAACCGGAUCGUCGGAAAACAAAUCACAUCUAUUAAAGUGAGUCCGGUAAUAGAUGAUUAUAAACAGGACUCGAAAUUCCAUAGCCGGGUUAUUGGAAAGUGUCCGGUGAUAAACAUAAGUGUUUCUGGAAUAAAUCUUCCGUGCUUAGUUGAUACUGGUUCUAUGGUUUCCACGGUAACGGAACGUUUCUACCGCAAAUUCAUUGAGCCUCUUGAUACAUCGCUGAUUCAGAACAGUUUUAUUCAACUUAAAGCAGCCAAUGGAUUAGAAAUUCCCUAUAUCGGUUAUAUUGAAGUUGAUGUUCAUUAUCUUGGAAAUAUUCUCAAACAGCGUGGUUUAUUGAUAGUGAAAGACUCGACUGAUGAUUCUACCCGGAAACGUAAGGAAGCUGUACCCGGUGUAAUCGGCAUGAACAUAAUAAGCGAAUGUCGAGAUAUGUUAUCUUCAUGUGAGAUUCCUGUCGAUGGAGAUUUAAAUGAAGUGUUUGCAGAGAAUAGUGUGUUCGAUAAUAGAUCUAUUCAUGGAUUCGCUCGAGUGAAAGGGACUUUCUCUGUACGCAUUCCAGCCAAUACCGCUAUUGUUGUUGAGUGUACCGGACCGCAUAUUGAUGGUGACGUGAUUGUUGAUCCCUUGACCAACGGCGGGCACCUACACCGUAAUUUCCGGACUGUACCUACCUGCGUUACCGUUAGCAAAGGAAAAUUGUGGGCCAGAGUUGCAAACAUCGGUGAUGAAGAUAUAUAUCUAAAACCGCGCACGAUGAUUGGAACUGUGUCGAAAUGUGAUGUGGAGAAUAAAAAUUCAAGCAUUGGAUUUAAUCGUGUCGGCAGUGUCGAAGAAGUAUUUAUUCAGAAAUGUGAAGUGUACGAGAUUUCUUCCAGUGACGAUGAUUUUACGUUACCAGAGGAUAUUUACCAGCUUGAUUGUAGUGAAAAAGAUAAAGCAUUGAUUACGUUAGUGAAAACGGGAUAA